AUGAGAGAUUGCAGAAACACUUUAAUCGUCAUCUAUUCAAGCUGGAGCAGGAGGAUGACAUUGACUGAACAAGGGUUGAUUUUGAGGAUAACACAGAUUGUCUUGGUCUCUUUGAAAAGCCGAUGCCGACUCCUCCACUCACCACCACCGUUGUCGUCUCCGCCGAAUAAUGUUGCAGCUACGCAGGCGCUCCCACUGCCGCCAUCCACAUAUCUCCGCCCUCGCGUGAUCCCUUACAGCACUUAA